GGUUCAUGUUGUUGCAAGUAGCUCCUAAAAGUAUGCAUUUGUUAGUCUGUCGAGUUAGCUUAAGCUGCUGUUAAGCUGAGCUUAAAGCAGCGCUGUAAGCAGCUGAUAAGCUGAGCAGUGUUGUAAAACUGCUGAUAAGCGUAAAGUGCAUCGGUUGCACUGGAAAGCUCAGCUUUGACAUCUGCGCCAGCUGCAUCGGCUUGAGCGCGGCCAACUUAGCGAAGGCCGGUUCCGGUUUGGUCAUUUUUCUAAUGACCGGCUGCGUACAUAGACGCGUAAUUACCGAAGAUUUAAAUCGGAAGGCAUCGAGCGCUAUUGGCGAUUUUUUUUAUUGUUAUAGCAAAUAUUUGGGUUGGUUUUGUUGCCUUCAAGGCCUUGUUCUUUGCUUCGAAGCAGACAGCCAGUUUGCUUCGACCAAGUGCCUUCGCAAGCCGCAGCUUGUCCAGCGGAGCACCCCUGCAACGGCCAGCGGAGCACCUCUCCGGCCCUCACGGCCAGCGGAGCACCCCUGCAACGGCCAGCGGAGCACCUCUCCGGCCUUCACGGCCAGCGGAGCACCCUCUCCGGCCCUCACGGCCAGCGGAGCACCCCUGCAACGGCCAGCGGAGCACCUCUCCGGCCCUCUCGGCCAGCGGAGCACCUCUCCGGCCCUCACGGCCAGCGGAGCACCCCUGCACCGGCCCUCUCGGCCAGCGGAGCGCCUCUACAGGCCACUGCCUGGCCAGCGAAGCGCCUUUAGGUGCCAACUUUAACUCUCUGCCAUCAUCAUCAAAUUGUUUUUGUGAAAUCAUUCUCUAAUCGUCGAUUAAAAGUGUUGUGAAAACCAAAAAGAUGAUUUAAAUUAAAUCAUGCCACUCUUGCAAUUUGAAACAAACAAAAUCUAAUUUACCUGUUAUAAAAAAAAAAAAAAAAUGAUCGAAAAGUGUAGCGCUUGAAAAGAAAGCUAGAUUUUAAAUAAAACAAAGCAAAUAAAAUGCAAAUUGCAAGUUUUAAAAAUGUUUGAAAAAGUGUAGCGCUUUCGACCGAAACAAAUUAAAAUUUUACACAUUCAAGUCAAAAUUUAAAUAAAAAAAAAUAGAAAA